AUGGCUCCUUCGGAAAAACCCCUGGAUCUCUUACCCUACCAAAACACCAUACUUGCCGAAUGUCUCAAUCCAACCAACUCUGACCUGAUUAUUAUUGCGCGUGGCCUGGGCCUGAGGAGGCUCGUGUGCUCGCUGCUCAGAAUCUACGACAACUCUGGAAGCCUAGUUCUCCUCAUAAACUGCGACCCUGAUGAAGAUACGGCCAUAGGAGAGCAGCUAGGCGUUAUGGGCGCACGUCAUCCAGGACUACGCAUCGUUGACUACGAGAUGGGAAGCAAGGCGAGAACAGAGUUGUACAACCGUGGGGGUCUUGUCUGUGUCACUUCACGAAUCCUAGUAGUGGAUAUGCUGAAAAAAGACAUACCAACAGAGAAGGUCACUGGGAUCGUGGUGAUGCAUGCUGAAAAGUGCUCACAGUUGAGUUUGGAGGCGUUCAUCAUGAGACUGUAUCGAGACUCAAACGCAGAGGGCUUUAUCAAAGCGUUUUCAGACCAGCCCGAACAGUUCACGUACGGGAUGUCACCUCUGAAGACGAUCAUGAAAGAGCUGCAUCUGCGCAAGGUUCACAUCUAUCCUCGGUUCCACGAAGAGGUGAACAAAUCAUUGGAGCGUAGGAGGGCAGACGUGGUGGAGAUCUUUCCGAGCAUGACCCCAGCAAUGGAAGAGAUUCAUAUCUCGCUGGUACAGUGCAUGACAGCUACGCUUCAAGAAAUCAAGCGUACGAAUAGUACGCUAGAUCUGGAAGAUAUUAACGUGGAGUCUGCGUACUUCCGCCACUUCGACGCAAUCGUUCGCCGGGCGCUUGCCCCGGUUUGGCAUAGAGUUCGACCGGCGACUAAACAGUUAGUGAACGAUCUUGGAACUUUGCGCUCGUUGUUGGUCUUCCUGCUUUCAUACGAUUGCGUGGCGCUGCACGCGUAUCUUGAAACAAUUGUCGCCUCGAACUCGGAAGCCAACACAGGUGGCAAGGGACAGAAACGAGCGAACCAGAGUCCAUGGCUGUACACGGACGCGGCGAAUGUGCUAUUGACGAGUGCGAGGAGACGGUGUUAUGUGAAUAUAGCUUCAGAACACCAGCAAAGGCUUAGGGACGAGGCUGCAAUGGAUGAGGAAUUUGCAUUGCUGGAUGAGCUCGAAGGACGUGGUACCGGCUCGCGGAAAAAGGUUGAUGACAAGAGACCAGCUUGGUUGCCACAUACCAUGGAGCCUGUACUGGAGGAAUUGCCAAAGUGGAAGUUGUUGGCAGAUGUGCUGAAGGAGAUUGAUGAGAGUAUUAUCGCAAACUCGAUGAACCAUUCACCUGGGACCAACACCACGCUUGUGAUGUUAUCCGACAACCGGUCGGCCACCCUGGUUCGAGAGUAUUUGGGUAAUAUGGAUCAAGACUCCGAGCAUCCCGGCCGAAAUAUGCUUAUGAAUCGACUGAAGGGAUAUGUAUACUGGAAGCGCGAACUAUCUGAGACCAAACAAACUACUAAGCCUACGCCCGGGGCCUCUACAAACACGAGCGUGAGCUCGAGCGAACCGAACCCAAUUUCCGAAGCUAUGCGCAAAAAGGAUACCGCCCGAGCCGAGGCCGCGAGUCGUAGAAGGCGGGUGAGAGGGGCCGGAACAACGGGUGCGGCCGCCGGUCGAAGUGGGGUUAAAAAGGAGGAAGACAGUGCGAUUGCUGGACAAGGGAUCAUCGCCGCUGAGGCGGAUGAAGUUGCAGAGUUCUUGGCAACUCAACAGGGGCUAGAUGCGACAGGGUCUAUGCUAUCAAACGCCCAAGCAUUGGAAACCCUGCUUGCCGCUGAACGCUCACAAUUGAGAGAAGGGGAGGAGGAUGAGUACGGUUUACUCGAAGAUGAGCAUACGGUGCUGGUUCGAACGUAUGGCGACGAUGGCGACGACCAACUGCUGUCAGAGAUUAGGCCAAGAUAUAUCGUGAUGAUGGAGCCGAACCUGGAUUUCAUUCGCCGUGUCGAGGUGUAUCGAAGCGCUAGUCCUGGACUUGCGGUGCGAGUGUACUUUAUGACAUAUAGCAAAACGGUGGAAGAGCACAAGUUUCUUGCCGGCCAACGAAGAGAAAAAGAUGCGUUUGAAGCACUGAUAAAGGAGAAGGGGAGCAUGGUUCUGACAAUAGAGGAUCCCCGACAGGGCUACGACCCCAAUGACUCUGUGAUUCGCACUAUCAGCUCCCGUAUCGCUGGCGGCGGUCUUCGAGACAUUAAUAAUGAACCUCCUCGGGUCGUGGUUGACAUGCGAGAGUUUCGAUCGACGCUACCUUCUAUUCUUCACCUUACCCAAAUUCAGGUCGUGCCAGCCACCCUCACCGUGGGAGAUUAUAUCCUUACGCCCGAUAUCGUUGUUGAGCGGAAGAGUGUACCCGACCUGGUCAGCAGCUUUACAUCUGGUCGUCUAUACACGCAAUGCGAGAUGAUGACAGCAUACUACAAGCAACCAGUACUGCUGAUCGAAUUUGAAGAGAACAAAUCUUUUACGCUUCAGGCUUUCCAAGACACACGCGUCUCUGCACGAAAAAGGACAGGGCAGGUCCAAACACACCAGAGAUCGAUGACUGGGACAUUCAAUCCAAGCUCCGACAUAUUUACAGAGUUCAAAAAGAAUAACAAAGAACCAGAUCCACAAGUAGCAGUCACAAUUGGUGCCAAUGAAGGAGAAGAAGAGAACGCGGCGGUGAACCAACUGGCCGAAGAUAUGCUACGCGCUCUUCCAGGGGUUACUCAGAAGAACUACCGGAGCAUCAUGAAUCGGGUGGGAAGUCUGCGCGAGUUCUGCGAGCUUUCGCUUAAGCAGAUGCAAGAGAUCAUGGGAGACGAGCCUGGCAAGGCUUGCCAUACGUUUAUCCACACCACUCGAGGCGAGACAUACAAGCCCAAGUGA